CGAAGUCCAGAAGUUGUGAGAAAGAAUAAAGAAUUAAAGAAGAAUAGGAAAAUAUUAUCGAGUGAUUCCAGUGAUGACUCUGAGCGUGGUUGUGACGUCUGGAUUGAAAUUUACUUACAGGAAGAAAAUCAAUGGAUCUGUGUUGAUUGUAUACGAGAAGUUGUAAAUAAACCAUAUGAUAUAGAAUCAACUGCUACUUAUCCUUUACAUUAUUGUCUAGCUUAUAGUAAUGAUGGUAGUAUAAAGGAUGUGACGCCACGCUUUGCGUCUGAUUGGUUGUCUACAACUCGUAAAUUACGUACUGAUUCUGAUUGGUGGAGAGAAACACUACAGACUUAUCGUAGCCAGGAGGAGCAAAAUGAACAAGAUGAUGAACAUAUUAAAGAUCAAUUGAUUAAAAGACCUCUACCAACCAGUAUAGGUCAGUUUAAAAGUCAUCCAUUGUAUGUGUUACAAAGACAUCUAUUAAAGUUUGAAGCUAUAUAUCCUGAUACAGCUAUACCUGUUGGUUAUAUUAGAGGGGAACCAAUCUACGCUAGGGAGUGUGUCCAUGUGUUACAUUCUAGAGAAAAUUGGAUGAAAGAAGGUAGAGCAGUAAGAAUUGGUGAAGAACCUUAUAAAAUGGUCAAAUCAAGACCUAAAUGGAAAAAACCCAAGGAGAACCCUGAUGCGUUAGAUUUAGAGAUAUUUGGGGAAUGGCAGACUGAUAUAUAUAUUCCUCCACCAGCUGUAAAUGGUAAAAUUCCUCGUAAUGAAUAUGGAAAUGUGGAACUAUUUAAACCUUGGAUGUUACCAGGUGGUACAGUACAUCUUCAAGUUCAAGGGUUGAACAGAAUAGCUAAGAAGUUAGGAAUAGAUUGUGUGGCUGCCAUGGUGGGCUGGGACUAUCAUGGUGGAUUUUCUCAUGCACUACUAGAAGGGUUUGUGGUGUGUGAAGACCAGAAAGAUAUUUUAAUGGCCGCUUGGGAUGAAGAUCAAGAGAUACAGAAACAAAGAGAAAUGGAGAAAAUAGAGAAGCGAGUGUUAGGAAACUGGAAAUUAUUGACAAGAGGUUUGUUGAUUAAAGAAAGGCUACAGAUAAAGUUUGACUUGAAGGUAGGAAUAUACACUGCUCUGUACGUAGGGGUGUAA